CGCCCUGGAAAGUCACGUCAACUCCCGGUCGGUCCUGAGGGAUUCAUCUACAAAAGAAAAGUACUUUUUCAAACGCGAGCCCCUCCCGAGCGGCGAGAUGUUUAGGAACACUACCCGCAGGAACACAGCCAGUGAAGCGGUGAGUCUCCACCAGGACCAAGCCCUCAACACAACGAUGUUCCUCCUGAAGUCCUUCGGCCCGACCGGGUUUCUGCUCCGAGAGGACGGCGAGGUCGGGGCCGUCAAGGUGUCCUUGGGGGACCCACAUGUGUGCUCCUGCCCUGCGUUCACCAAGGAGCAGGAGCCAUGCAAACACAUCUGCUGGGUUUUACUGCGGAGAUUCCGACUACCCAGAGAACAUGAAUAUUCGUUCCAGCGUGGACUGGUGGACAGACAGAUCCUGGAGGUGCUCCACGGUUUGCAUCAAACCAAAGACCAGCGCACGGAAGACGGUCCCUCUGCUCCCGGCGCCCGGUGCCAAGCGGGAAGCGUCUGCCGGAAACCCAUCCGGGCCCAGGACGUGUGUCCCAUCUGCCAGGAGGAGCUGCUGGAGAAGAGGCAGCCCGUGUCUCACUGCAGGUUCGGCUGUGGCAACAAUGUCCACAUCUCCUGCAUGAAGGUGUGGGCGGACCACCAGAGGCUGCCCGGCCGGGCGGACGCGGUGAAGUGCCCCCUGUGCAGGGAGGACUUCAGCUCCCUGCAGCUGCUCCAGGAGCAGGUGAGAAACGCAGCGAAGCUCUUCACCGCCUCCGAGAGGGAGGAGCCGGACAGACACCUGGGGGUCCGGUGUCAAGGCUGCCGGCUCUGCCCGGUCACCGGCAAAUGUUUCAAAUGCACAGUCUGCAGUCACUUUUACCUCUGCGAGGCCUGCGCGAAGAAGGGCGGCCACCCGCAGCAUCCAUUUGCGUCACGAACGAAAAGGAGUGAAAAGUGGCACUUUGUGCCCCAAGACCGGAAGGAUGAAGCGAUGGCAGCGGCCCCCCAGUCAGCUGAUGACAGCAUCAUCCCUGCAGCUGCAGACCGCCUCCCACAACGCGUGUUGGACCGCCUCCCCACCGUCAGGGUGAGGCUGGGCUCUCCCCUCUCAGAUGUGGGCCAGCAGUGCCGGGUCUGUCUGCAGGAGUUCGGCCUGGGCCAACGUGUCCGAAUCCUCCCCUGCCAUCACAAGUUCCACGCCGACUGUGUGGACGAGAUGCUGCGGACGUGGAACUGCUGCCCCCUGGACGGAUACGUCCUCCACAACCGCUGGACUCGGAGGCCCGGAGAGACAAAGUCCCCCCCGAGGCACCAGGCCAAACCCCCCGACGGUGACUUAAAAGACCUGUUUGUUCCGGGAGUGGCGCUGCGGGACGGGAAGCCCCGAGUCUGUGACCCCUCCCCCCCCCAGCGGCCCGUAGCGGAGGGGCUUCGCUGCCUGUGCGUGGACGCAGACCCUCCUUCCAACAAGAAGACGCCACAGUGACGAGAAGCAAAGGGCGGCCACAGCUGGACCUUCUUGUAGGCGGGCGUCGACCCGAAUCUGACCACGCGGUUCCCCCCCGGGGGGGGAGGGGGGGGGGCCUAAACCCAAGAGGACAUGACAGAUGCGUGUAGCCAUUUAAGCAGCGAGACGUACGUCUGAUGUGAAUAAUAAAUAUGUACUUUACAGGUUGACAAAGUGGUGACAAAAGCUUCUGGACAGUUUUCGGUAUCAAGUGAGUUUUAUUCAUCUAGUGCACAAAAAAAAGGCAAGACUAAUAAACACUAGCAUCAUCACAGAGGGGAACAAAAACCAUCGAGCCCCAAAGGCGAGAAGAGCACACUAUAGAACACAUGAAUACAUUCAGCGAGAUCUACGUGGAACAGGACUGGCAGUAGGUUUCUGUGUGCUGUGUUCAGGGGCCGUGGGAGGAAACACACGCCACUAGUCGGCAACGACUAAAUAAGUUAAAUCACGGCAACAUAAUACAUAAUAAAGUGUUGCUUUACUAAAUACACACAAAAGAACACACGAGUGUCGCUACACGUCUAAUAAAUACAAAGUGAACUCGUCAGUGACCAAAUGUACAAUAUGAUGGAAGACUGAAUAUGUAAAAAACGGUUUCUGUACAGUUCCAUUUUCCAUCUACGGCUAACAUUGCUAGCAAAACUACGUGGUGGUGUUGGUGGUGAAUGUUCUCGCCAAAGCGCGAGUACGGGGCCACCGGGCGAUGGGGCCACCGUGUGCAUUCUGACGAUGCAACGUGCCGCUGUAACAAAUGGGCACAUGUUAAAAGUGUAGUGUGCUUUUAUUUGACUUAAGACAAACGCUGCUGAUCCAGGACUUUUU